CUCUUGAUAACAAAAUAAAAGUAAAACCUCCACGGGCUUGAAUUUGAAUGAGUCAGCCGUGAACAAAAUUACUACUAUGAGUGUCAAACAGUAAAUAACGAAAGCAAAGCGGUAAAUAAUGUUUAUCUUGGAGAAAAGGAAGAAAAACGCAGUUACCGAAACUUUAACCGCCAUAAUCAGUCCCUCCAAAAAAUUAAAAGCAAAAAACAUAACCUAUAACUGCGAAACUUUUCCCCCUUGGCUGAUUUUAUACGGCCGCCAAGGAAAGGGGGGAAGUUAACGAUUUAUGAGAUUUAUUAGAAAACAGAUAUUCUCAUUCCCCCUCUUUCCGAAGGCAGCCCCACCUUACUGCUGUAUGGCUAUCCAAACCCUAACCUCGUCGGCGCCGACCACCACCGACGCUAUCAACGAAGGCGACGACGACCGCCUGUGUGUUGAGCAACCAGAACCGCAGCAAGAAGCAGAACCCGAAGAUGCACCUGCAACGGGCCGCCCGUUCGGCUACUUGACCGGAGAGGCAAGGAUCGAGAGGGCAUGGAGCCAUUGGAAGAAGAUUGGGCAGCCUAAGUUCCUAGUGGCGCCCAUGGUGGAUAACUCCGAGCUUCCCUUUCGUAUGCUUUGCCGCAAAUACGGUGCUGAUGGAGCUUAUACCCCUAUGCUUCAUUCCCGGAUUUUUAGUGAGAAUGAAAAAUACCGCUCUGAAGAAUUCACCACCUGCAAGGAGGAUCGUCCACUGUUUGUGCAAUUUUGCGCAAAUAAUCCUGAUACAUUAUUGGCGGCUGCGCGGAGAGUGGAACCAUAUUGUGAUUAUGUAGACAUCAAUUUGGGGUGUCCCCAACGUAUUGCCAGGCGAGGAAACUAUGGAGCUUUUCUUAUGGAUAAUCUUCCUUUAGUGAAAUCCUUGGUGGAGAAACUGGCAUGCAACCUUCAAGUUCCCGUGUCCUGUAAAAUACGGCUGUUCCCUAAAUUGGAGGAUACUAUUAGUUAUGCCAAAAUGUUGGAAGAGGCUGGUUGUGCUUUAUUGGCUGUGCAUGGUCGUACAAGGGAUGAAAAAGAUGGAAGAAAAUUUCGUGCAAACUGGAGUGCUAUCAAGGCUGUCAAAGAUGCCGUCAGGAUACCUGUUCUUGCUAAUGGGAAUAUAAGAUACAUGGAUGAUGUGUGGAGCUGUUUGGAAGAAACUGGGGUCCAAGGGGUACUUUCAGCCGAGUCUCUGCUUGAGAAUCCGGCCCUAUUUGCAGGUUAUGAGACUGCUGAAUGGGCAUCGGAUAGUGAACGUAACUGUGUAGAUGGAAAGCUGGACCAAGCUGAUUUAGUAGUUGAAUAUCUGAAGCUUUGUGAGAAAUAUCCAGUGCCAUGGAGGAUGAUUCGUUCCCAUGUCCAUAAAAUGUUAGGAGACUGGUUCAGGAUUCAACCAAAUGUAAGAGAAGAUCUUAAUGCCCAACACAAACUCACUUUUGAAUUUUUAUUCGAUGUCGUUAAUCGACUGAAGGAACACGGUGUGAGAAUACCACUUUAUGUGAAGGAUGGCUCUGUAGAACAGAUAUCUGCAAAUGGAACUGUUCCAUGAAUUUCUUGGUCGUAGAUGGACUCAUUCAAUCGUAGGAUACUAUAAUUUAGGUGUGUACUGUACUGAAGGUAGACAGCUUAAGUUUUUUUGUUGUAUUAUUUGUGGAUCGAAUCAGUAGAAACUUGAAAGGAGAAAAGAAAAUUGUAUUGAGUGAUUGAAAGUGGUGCUAAUCCAUAACAAUUAGUGCUGCCAAAGGUGUCCCCCUCAACUUUCAAGAUCGUUUGCAUAAAGCUCUCCUUAUAUCACAUGGCGAGGUAUGGAUGCUUCUGAAUCCUUCGUCCACUAUUAUUUGGCUUCUGGCCUGAGAUUGUUGUUUAAGGGUUCAUUUUCCCUUCUGAAUGUACUUAGUGUGUAAUAGCAAUCCAGCCUGAGAUGGUUCUUUUAAACUUUAUUUCAUGGGUUAAUUUAGUGAAAAAGUUGCCUGUCUGGUGAUUUUAUCAUAUACUGAUUUGCACUGUCAAGUUGUUCCUGGCAUUCUUUCUUUAAUCACUCGCAUUUUCUGAGCUUAACUCUCAGGUUGUGUCUUGAUGAGGAAUAUUGAAUGUUUUGCCCAAUCAAAUGGCCUUGCCGUUACUGAAUCAUGCUAUGCAAUCUGUCCGUGGAUUUUACUUUUCCUUUUGCGUAGGUUCAUGUUUUCUUUGGCUGUAAAAUAUUGCGACGGCAACCUACAUUUGCUUUGGACCUGCCAUCCUUUGGGAAAGGGAUCUUGUGCAGUAAACUUGGAUGUAAAAUGCUGCUCUAGACCCUGUCUUUUUCGUCAUUUAGGGCAGUAAAUAUUGGAUUCUCUUUUAAAGCUGAUACACAAUAAGCUACCCUGUGCUUGUCAUCAUUUAGAGCAGUCAGAAUUGGAUAUUCUUAUAAAGCAGAUACACAAUAGGUCACCAAGCUGGAAAUAGUGUAAUGGCUAUGUUUGUGGAGCAACAUUGUCAGUUUUUGCUCUCACAAAGAGGGAGAGUAUUUUUGCUCAUGUUCAGACAUGUAAGAUGAUAUUACUCUGGGACUAGGGGAUUGCAUGAUUGUUAUGAAAUUCUUACAGAACACCUCCUUUUUGUUUGGAUCUGUCACUUGUUUGGCAAAGCCAUCUUUUUUAGUCAGCU